CUGUUUCUGGAGCAGCCUUUUGUCAACGCCACGCUCGUGAACGGAAGCCUUCGGAAAGUCUGCAGCCUGCCUCGUUUCGUGGAUUCCAAUGAGUGGCUGGCAGUUAACACAUUCGACUUCUUCAUGCACACCAACUUUUUCUACGAUGCUGUUGCCGAAUUCUGCGACGAGGCCGGAGAGUGUGCUGUCAUGAACGGUGGCCCGAGCUUCGAGUAUACCUGGACGGAUAGCCAGAGGCGAACAGUCAAGCUCUCGGCGCCGCAGUACGUGGACUCGGCCAUGUCGUGGAUCCAGACGGUGCUGUACGAUGAGCAAAUAUUCCCAACCAAGGGAACAAACCCGUUCCCGAAGGAUCUCCAGAACACCCUCCGAGCCAUCUACAAGCAUCUCUUCCGGAUCUUUGCGCACAUCUACCACUGCCACUACGACAAGAUCCUCCACAUGUCGGCCGAAGGCCAUCUCAACACCCUCUUCGCACAUGUGAUCUGUUUCGGACGGGAGUUUGAUCUCCUCGACAAGAAGGAGCUGUCGCCCAUGAGCGAGUUUAUCACGGAGCUGGAAAAGUCGGGUCGCAUCUGA